CGUAAAACUUGAACCAGGCAGAAUUUCCAACCUGCCAUUAUGCUAUACUAUUCCUCAGAAAAGUAUCGAAGCCUCUUCUUCCCAAUUUUGCUGAGGGGAAGCGUGUGAUUCAGAAAUGUUCGGAACCUAGAGCGAGCAAAUUGAGCAUUUUCAAAUGUACGCGCCCACAAAUUACCUCAAGAACCCUUGUGAGGAGCCUGCAAAUUAAGCCAGUGCUGUUAACUAUAAUCAAGGCACACAGAGAGAGAGACCACCUAGACUGGAAGUAAAAUCUGAAGUAAAAAAAUUGCGACCGAGGUAAAACUCGAACCAGGCAUCAUUCCUAACCUGCCAUUAUGCUAUUCCGUUCCUUGGGGAAACAGAGGCGCCUCUUCUUUCCCAUUCGUAUAGCAAGAUUCGGUGAGGGAAAGAGUGCAAUUCGGCAGAGUUCAGAACCCAGAGCGAGCAAAUUGCGCAUUUUAAGAUGCAUGCACGCAUACGCACACACCCCAGAAACCCAGCAUGCAUUUAAGCUGAGCUGAGCUGACGAGAGAGGUCGCCAAGAGACGAAACGCCAUGUGUGGCAGCGAGGCUGUCAUCUCUUUCCCAAAGUGACUUUCUCCUCUGGAAGGGGGAGCUUCUGCGUUGCCAGAACGGCUGUGGGCAUGCCGUGGGGUUGUCUUGACGGUGCUGAGCGACUCUCCGGCAAAUGAGCCCUGAUACCUCAGCUGCGCACUCCUCCCCAGCACCAUCCUUGUCAGAGCUUGUAUUGUCCGGGCCUGGUCGAAAAUGCCCUCUCUUGUCCUAUGGUUGCGCUGACGAUUUGUCCGCAGCGUUUGAACUCCUCUGACACGGCCGAAGCACGAAAGCCGCCGUGGAGCCGCUUGGUUAAAUGGCUUUCAGAAAGGGUCGGUGACACGGUGUGGAAAGGGCAGCCGUUUAAGACCAUCCAUUUAUUUAAUCUGUGCGUGGAAAACAGCAGGGAAACAGACGCUGGUGUUUGAGGCCUGCGCAAGUUGGACAACCCUGAGGAGAAACGAGGAAACGGGUCAACGUGGGUCAAGAGGGAUCACUGUGAAAAACAUGUCUAGGCCAACAGCCUCUUCAGCUUUCACAGUGUCUACUCCGUGUCUACUCAGAAGUCAGCCCCGUUGAGCUCAGCAGGACUUGUUCCCAGAUGGAAAAUUUUGAGUACAGCAUCCUGUUGAACGACCGGGAUUGGGCUGAGUUCUAUUUGGCGUCUGAAGAAUGCAGUUUGAGCCAGCCAGCCUUGGCCACAGCUGACGAGCAGCUCCUCAGCGACCUUGAGGAAGGGGAGGCCGCAGAGAGUGGGUCGGUCCAAGUGAAAGUGGGCCCUGUCCUCCCAGCCAGCCAUUUAGCCAGCUGCCUCCCACGUGGAACCCCAGAUGGGCACCUGCUUGUAGACGAGGUUUUGUCUGGCAGCGACGACGAAACAGAUCUGGGCUCUGUCAUCAGGUUUCUGUGCAACAGCAAACAACUUGGCACAGCUUGCCCCCAGUCUUCCAGGAGGACCCAGGAAGGUCAGCUGCCCCGUGUCACUUUGAAGCCAUCAGGAAGUCGGAGUGGGCUGCAAGUUACUGUCACAGAAGCUGCAUUCACCGCCAAGGAAACAGAGAGAGGAGACCAGCCCAUAAAUCCAGACUGCUCCCUACCAGUGGUGCUAGCUACUGCCACCCAAGCAAGGGCCUUGACAGAGAAAAGCCCGGGGCAGGAGAGAAUGGAAAGACCUCCCUGUGCUGAGCCUACAAACCUGAAGACCACAGAGGGGGCAAACAACAAGGGGAGCAGUCCUCUCUGCUUGGAAUCACAACACUCCAAGGACAAUCCCUCCCUGGCUGCCUGUGUGGACAUGCAGCUCCCAGCAUCGAUGAAGAGCACAGCAGCUUGUUGGGAACCAGAACCCCCACUUGCUCCAUAUCCAAGCUCUGCACCCUUUUCUUCUCCAGUUUCUGCAGAGCUUGGGGGAGCAGAGCGCCCAGAGAAGGGUGGCAAGCCCCUUCAGGUCACCUUGAAGGCACAGGCAGCAGCGCAGCUCCAGGAAAAUCCAUCUCCAUCUCAAGGGUGUCUGGUUCCAAUCGUAAGGGUCUCCGCACCAUCUGACAUGCUAUCGGCGAGUCGUGGGGGAAGCAUUCCGGGAAGGACGAGCAAGGAAGAAGACAUUUCUGCAAAUGUCAGCGUUGAGAGUGGAGCAAGACAUAGGGAGGCCUUAAAGGAGGGAGGCCCAGCGAACCAAGUCAGGGGCUCUCCAUGUGACAGCGGGGUACAACAAUUUCCAAGGGCACCGGAAGAAAAGAGAGGUCCAAGCCCAACCCAAGCAACCAGUUCCAUAUGUGAUGGGCUAUUGCACAAAGACACAGAAACAGCUGCUUCGACAGGAAGGGUUGAGAAGAACGACAGUGGAGAAACGUGCCACUAUAUUGGCAUGGCUUUACCAUUUGAAGAAGCUUUACCAUUUGAAGAGGAACUUCAAGGAGAACAGACAUCAGAGCACUUAGGGGAGUCCGCUCCCUAUGGUCUGACAUUAGAAGGCUCUCCAGAAAGUGGCUUAUCUGCCAUGACUUGGCCAGAAAUGUAUGACUGUUUUUUCUGUGAUGACACCCAGCAGAAGGGAUUGGGGAUUGGGCAACCGAUCUCAGGGAUUGACCAAGAGCUGCCUGAAAUGGAUGGGCCUGAAAUGUAUGAACAUUUCUUCAGCGAAAUGGGGGAGGCCAAGGUGAGAAACAAAGAUGGAGCUCUGGAGACAGUCUUCAGCUCUGGACAUCAGUCAGCGCCAUCUGGUGGCUCGGGGGACCUGGAUUUGGACAUGGCUGAUGGUGCUAUGCAAAUGUCUACCCCAGAGGUGUACGAACACUUUUUUGCCAACAGAGCAAAGAAGAAGAGGAACUGGAGGGUUUUUUUCUUCAGCAUCCCAGCCUCAGAGAUGAGGAAGGCUGCAAGAGCUUUAAAAUCCUUUCUGUGCAGACCUGCACAUCUUCUCAGAUCACGGCCCACAAGCCAAGGCACUCUGCUUCGGAAAGGAUCUCAAGGAAGGCUGGUGCUCGUGUCUCCAAGGCUCCUGGGUGAAAACCUACCAAGACCAGAAGACCUAGGGAUGGCCGUGAUGCAACCAGAAAGACCCCUCCAGCCGGUUUUUACACAAAGAGACAUGUGCUUGGGCUUUAUGGCGUUUGCUUCGUGGGCUGUGAAGAGCUCUGAUCUGCAGGCCCCGGAUGCUUGGAAGAUCGUGUUGCUAGCAAACUUUGGUACCUUCUCAGCCAUCCGCUUCUUCAGGCGGCAGGUCAUCAUGGAAGCUCAGCACGGAACAUAACAGGACACAGGUCAAUUCCAUCCAAUUCCUGGUGGUCCUUUGGGGAUGAGUUGGAAAGGAUAUCACGGUACUUCUUUGGAGACAGGGAACCAACCUUUGGGGCAUCUUGGUCUAUCCUGGACUGUUGGACUCACUAGUAUAACUCCCCUCAACUGGUAAGACGGCAAAGAGUUUUGAAAGAUAAGAUGGAGGCUUCCACAGAAACUGGAGUUUGGUUCCACUGUUAGUGCUAGAAGGAGGUGCCAGAGCAAAACCUUUCUGUCCCUGGCCAAUAACUCACCUUGAACUCAUGGGAGAAGGAGGGCUAUAAAUAAAUAACCCAGCCCACAUCUGGUAGCUAGCUAGCUAGCUGGGCAGCUGCUCAUGAGGUAGACCUGAUGGCCAAGAGACAACUGGAAUGUACAAUCCUUUUUUGGAGAAGAAUAUUGAAAGGAGGCAAGUUUCAGGGAUGGUUUACCAAAACAAAUCCAGGAGGCACAGGCGUAGGAGAUAAUGGUGCUGUUGUGGAAUUUUAGACUCUUAAUCUUGAAUGGUCCAUCAGAGCCUCCAUCAUUUUAGCUGUGAUGAAUGUAUAUUGCUUCAAAGGGGUGCAUUUGGAGCACGUUCUACUGAAAAUUAGGUCUCCCAAUUUCUGCCCUGACAGCACCGCUUGUAGAAAGUCUUUCUGAAUGAACUGAUGCCUUUAAUCAAGAGAAUAUGAAGGUUAGGAUGAAGGGUAGAGGCUCACACUGGUGGCUUCCACAUAUUCUUAAGUGAAUGUGGGAAAAGAAGAGUGAAGGAAAAGAUGGCUCACCGUAUCUGCUGACAGAAGCAACAGGUUGAAAAGGAAGGGAAAAGGUUAGGUUGAAGUAAUGAGAAGGAUGUCCUAAACACAAGAUCCUUUUAUCUAGGAGGCAUCCAGACAUUUUCCAUACGAAGCAGGAGAGAGAGAGGUGACAUUUUUAUGUUUUAAAAUACCAGCACAUUCACACUGUCCAACCUUUCAGUGUUAAGCCUCCUGUCCUUUUUGCAGUAGGUGAUGGGCAGGGGGAUUUUUUGGCAGAAUCUAUAGCCUUGGUUAUUACAAAAGACAAUAGAUUGAGCAGAACUGCUGUAUCCUUGGAACAUUACAGCAGCGUGUGAUUUUCUUAAACUGUUUUGAAGAGUUCAGUGAUUGAUGUGGAAGGCCACAAAUCUCUUCCUGUUGGAGUUACUAAAAAUGUUUGCCUUAGUAAAUGGCCUUGCUUGCUGGGUAGGUGAAAAGUUACCAGUGGAACAAUACUGCCUGGUGAAAUGUUCUGUGUAACUUUAACAUUUGCAAAUUCCUAUGCCAACAGAAGUUGAGCCAAUAAAAGAUACCACUACUU